ACCACAUGGUAACGGAGGUAAAAUGGCGUUAACUGUUCCUUGUAUCGCUGUGAGAGGUUCCAUUGGAACCAGCUUAGGACAAGGCCCACCAUCAUAUGAACCAGUAAAAACAUUUCCUAAGGAUGACAGUAAAACUUGUAAAGCAAUGGCAUUUAGUCCAGAGGGACGUUAUUUUGCAUGGGUCAAUGGGAUGGUUACCAAGAUUUUGGAAUGUAAUACAUGGAAAAUUGUUACAGAAAUCAAAAGGCCCAAAAUUUCAGCAAUUCAGUUCUCCUCUCGAGGCACAUAUUUUAUGACAUGGGAGCAAUUCAUUGCUACAGUGUCAAAUUCUCGAGGAACACCAAAUUUAAACAUAUGGAAGACAGAGACUGGAGAACUAGUGAAGAGUUUUACACAGAAAAAACAAGCAGAUUGGCAGCCUCAAUGGACAAGUGAUGAAAAAGUCUGUGGACUGUUAGUUGGUGCAGGUGUCAUUUUAUAUGAGAAUGGCAAUUUUGAAAAAGUUCAACACAGAAUAAAUAUAGCAAAAGUUGCUAAAUUUAAUAUGUCACCCAGUAGUGCUUCAUAUUAUAUUCUGUGUUACAUGCCUGGAAAAUCUGGUCAACCUUCAUUUGCUAAGCUAUUCCAAUAUCCAAAGUUUGAACCCACACAAACUAUAGCAAACAAAAGUUUCUUCCAGGCGGACAAGGUAAAUAUUUAUUGGAAUAAUCAAGGAAUAAAUGUUUUAUUAAUGACCAGUACAGAGGUUGAUGAUACAGAUGCCUCAUAUUACGGAAAACAAACUUUGCACUAUCUUAGCACAAAAGGAGAUACUUCUGUGGUUACACUUAGGGAGAAGGGUCCUAUACAUGCUGUGCAGUGGUCUCCCAAAAAUAAUGAAUUCUGUGUUGUGUAUGGUUUUAUGCCAGCCAAAGCCACGUUAUUUAAUCUUAAGUGUGAACCAAUAUUUGAAUUUGGUUCACUGCAUCGAAAUAGUAUUUAUUACAAUCCCCAAGGAAAGGUUCUAAUUUUAACUGGGUUUGGCAACCUCCCUGGUGGUAUUGAACUAUGGGAUGUUGAUAACAGAAAAUUAAUUGCUAAAACUGAAGCUCCUGUUACGACACUUCUUCAGUGGUCUCCUGAUGGAGAACAUUUUAUGACUGCAACUACAGCACCAAGGCUUCGAGUGUGCAAUGGAUUUAAAAUCUGGCAUUAUACUGGAACUCUAUUAUAUGAGCGACCGUGGAAUAAGCAAGAACAACUUUGGGAAGUCUUAUGGCAAACUUUUCCACCACAAACAUUUCCAGAAAAGCCAGUUAGUUACGAAGCUGUUGAGGGUAUUGCCCCUAGCCAGCCACAAGCAUCAAUACAAGCAUAUCGACCACCUUCCGCCAGAGGGGAAACUAGUAUUUUUAAAUUACGUUCUGACGAAUUUUAUAAAUAUGGCAAGCAGAAAAAAAAACCUAAUCAGUCAAAAACCAAAAAAAAAACGAAGAAAGAUGAAAAGGAAUCGGAUGGAUCUACGCCUUCUCAAUCACAAGAUAAUCCCAGUACAAACGGACAAGUUCCUCCAAUUCCUGAAAAUCAGAAUGUACCUACAAAUAAUCCGGAAUGUGAUGAUUUUGAGAGGGUUAAGAAAAUUAAAAAGAUUAAAGGCAAAUUAGAACAGAUUUCAAAGUUGAAGAAAAAACAAGAAGAUGGCAAACAAUUAGAAAUCAAUCAACUAGACAAGAUUAAGAAAGAAGCUGACUUAAUAAAAGAACUGGAAGAGCUCGCUUUAUGAUGAACAUUUCAAAUUGCAAAUACGUGCGGUUAAAAAACAAAUCUAAAUAUUUCUUCUGAAAAUGGAAAAUGAUCUCGGUCUCUCACUUACGAUAUCACACGUACAAAAGUUACGUUUGGCUGUAAAUAAAAUUUUCAUUCUGUGAAGAGGUAGUGGGAACAAACUAAAAUUUGAAAGUAGAUUAAACAAGUUUCCACGUCACUGAGGUUGUUAAAAUUUAAAAUAUAAAUUCCUUUUGUAAGCGAUGAUAAAGGAAUUAAUAUGGUC